AUGAUUGGCUCACGCGCAGCCCAGUUGUCCCUUCGGGCAAGCCGUCAGGGAUCUCAAGUGCUAUUCAAGAACGCACGUCUUUCUGUUCGGCUAAAUGUGUUCAAGACUGAACCUCUCCAGAGGGAUGGAUCCCGGUGUAUAUCUACAUCAGUGCAGUCGACAUUGAACCGAUUACCGACCGGAGGAUUGAAACCACGUUGUCUGCAGACCGCACUGAUCCCGCCAUCAUUCUUUACCCAGCAAAGAUGGUCCGGAUCAAAAUCGCCUGAAAACAAAACCCCUGAACAAACCGAGCAAUCCAAGAAGAAACCAAUUCUAUCACGGAUUCCCCUGCCAACCACUCAUGAGAACAUCUACACCGUGCCCAACAUUCUCACAUUCUCCCGAUUGCUCGCUGCCCCUGUGGUCGGGUAUCUCCUAGUCCACAACUACCACGUAGCAGCGCUGUCCCUGUUCGCGUAUGCAGGUAUCACCGAUCUUGUCGAUGGCUACAUCGCUCGGCGGUACAACCUCCAAACGGUGGUUGGAACCAUCAUUGAUCCUAUGGCUGACAAGCUGUUGAUGACCAUUGGUGUCGCGUGUCUGGCCGUAAAUGGCUCCCUUCCUAUUUGGCUCGCUGUGAUCAUCCUCGGUCGCGAUGCUGGUCUGGCUAUCUCGGCUAUCUAUUACCGUUGGAUUUCACUGCCUGAGCCCAAGACUAUGGCCCGGUAUUGGGAUUUCUCGCUUCCCUCUGCGGAAGUCAAGCCUACGGAGAUUUCGAAGAUCAAUACUGCCCUGCAGUUGGUGUUGGUGGGUAGUGCGAUUGCACUGCCUGUGGUCCCUGAGGCGUUUGUCAGUGCUUGGCAUUUGAGCGAGGCUAUGACUGGAUUCCAGUACCUUGUUGCCGGCACCACUCUCUGGUCCGGACUCAGCUAUGUUUUCUCCAAUAAUGCUGUGAAGAUCCUCUCAAAAGAGGAGAUCCAAAAGCGGAUUGCUCAAGCAGCUGCAAAGCGCAAGUAG